AUGCUUCAGCGCCUCACCAGCCUCUUCUUCAGUCCCCCACCACCUGCUGCCGAGGAUCCCGACUGCCCCCAAGCCUUCGUCUCCGAGGAGGAUGAAAUGGAUGGCUGGCUCAUCAUUGACCUGCCCGACAGCUUCACAGCUCCACCCAGACCCGGGGCCGCCACUGCCCCGGCAGGCCGCCCUCCGCCCGCACCCUCCUUGAUGGAUGAAAGCUGGUUUGUUACCCCUCCGGCCUGUUUUACUGCAGAGGGGCCUGGACUCGGGCCUGCCCGCCUCCAGAGCAGCCCCCUGGAGGACCUCCUCAUCGAGCACCCCAGCAUGUCCGUUUAUGUGACCGGCAGCACCAUAGUGCUGGAGCCUGGCCCUCCUUCCCCGCAUCCAGAAGACGACGACGCUGCCCAGCCGGACCGAGACUCUAGCGACGGGGAGCUGGCGCCUCCUCGCCGCGAACCCCGGGCCCUGCACCACGCCGCCCCUCUGCCCGCGCGGGCUGCGCUGCUGGAGAAGGCGGGCCAGGCGCGGCGGCUGCAGCGGGCCCGGCAGCGGGCCGAGCGCCACGCGCUCAGCGCCAAGGUGGUGCAGCGGCAGAACCGCGCCCGCGAGAGCCGUCCACGCCGGCCCAAGCACCAGGGCAGCUUUGUCUACCAGCCCUGCCAGCGCCAGUUCAACUACUGA